ACCGCUUUCUCUGAUUUCCGCCGUCUGCUUCUGGAAGCACAUCAAGCUCGAAGAUGGCCUGGGCCUAUUCCUCGAGGUUUAAGCAGGAGGAGAUUUAUGGCCUUUUAUAUAAGUAAACAAAUAUUUGCUUUGGACAGUGAGGUAGAUGAGAUUGUUGGCCAUGUUUAUCUAUUUUUGAAAGAGCAGCUUGAACUUCCAACUAUGCCACCUCACAGCGGAAUACUUCAUGGAACCAUUAUUGAUCAGUUCAUUGCUUGUGGGAAAUCAAGAGACUCAGCCCAUGAGCUUGCGUCACUAAUAUGGCUAGCUGUUCUAGACAAUUUGGAGGAAAAUGAGCGCACAUUUGCCUUACUUAAACGUCUAGCCCAGGAGGGGGAUCAGGUUUUUCUGCCAUAUCCAUACACUAGAUCAGUCAAAGUCCAAUGGAGGGUGUUUGAGAAGCUAUUCACUGAUUUCCGUGAUUGCUUCAACCAUGUAGAUUACUAUGAUACUUUAGCAUGUGCCAAGAGCAGGUUUCAGCCAAUACCACCUACUUGGUUGGGAUUCUAACGACGGCUAAUCUAUAGCUCCUUUCAAGUUUCAGCCAUUAAAGUGAAGUUUGCCAAGCCUUGGGAGAUUAGGACUGAGCAAAACCAUGAGAGAAACUAGAUUCGACUGUGGCAUUUAUAAGACUAUCCUUCAAUCGUUGAAUGUAAUAAUUUUAUUAUAUAACGUCAUGGUAAUAGAUGUUUUGUUCUAUUAAUAGGUUCAUUUCAUUUGUGAAAUUGUACAUCUUCAAAUUUUCUGUAAGACUUUCACCCAAAAAACAAAUUUCUGUAAGACUUUGAUUAUUAGAAACUAUUCUAUUAUAUGCCCCCGCCUUCUGAAAGUAGGUUGACCUAA